AUGGCUACAGCAGCUGCAAGCACAUUUUCAUCAUAUGAUAGAUCAUUACCAUCAUCAUCUAUUAACUCGGAUAGUUCAGCAUUUUCAUCACAGAAUCAUGGAUUUUUUACUAAUAAUUCAAAUCCAUCUGUAUCACGAAUAGGUCAUUCGCUAGAUGAUAUGGAUAUACUUAGUUUAAAACGACAAUAUGCUAAUCUUGAAUUACUUGAACAAAGUACAUUAUCAAAUUCAGCAGAAGAUCUAUCACAACUUGAUCGUAUGUCGCAUCCAUUUGAAAUAUUUGGUCAAGAUCAAAAUGAUAUGGAUGAUUAUGAUAUUCCAUAUGAUGAAGGUGCUGAUUUUGAUUAUUUUAUUUCUAUUCAAGAACGUUUGAAAAAAGCGAAUCAAGAAUUUCAACAAGAUCAAACGCCCAUUGAAUUAAAUCAUCAUCAGCGUGUUUCAUUCGAUGCUAUUGUUAAAGCAGUUAAUAUCGAACAAGAUCCUACUGAUAAAUCAUCAGUUGAAUCUGCUAUUCAAGGAUCAUCAUCAUCAUCAGAUCUUACUAAUUCACGAAACGAAGAUAAAGCACAAGAAUAUACUAUACCACUUAAUGAUACACUACCUAAAGAAGGUCCAACCUUACUUGAACAAAUAAAAGCAUUACAAUUCAAUAAUCCAUCUUCAACUGAUGAACGAUGGGCAACAGCUGCAAGCAAUGAUAAUUUAGAAAAUCGUGAAGAUGAUAAAUCUGCAUCAUCAAAGAAAACAAUAGAAACUAAUAAUGAAAUCGAAGAUAUUACAGAUCCAAUAUCAACAAGAAAAUCAAUGGUUGUUUCUGUUAAUGGACAAUUUGCUUUACAAGAUGAAGAUGAUUAUACAGCGAAAAAAUCUCAUUCUAAAAACAAUAAUAAAAUUUUAUUUUUACCUACACCACCUACUGAACCGAAACAAAAACAAGAUAAACCUUCUCGUCCUUUUUCAAUCCGACCUAAAUCAUCUGAUAAUAUAAAAAGAACUAAUAAUAAUUCAAACCGAGCUUCUACUGAUAAGAAAAAUAAUACCGAACCAACAAUCCGACAACGACCAAAAAGUGCAGGUGCUUUGAAAUCAACAGAAAAAUCGUCUUCUGGUGUUGAUUUUGAUGAGCUUUUACGAAAAGGUGCUGAAAAAAAACGAGCAGAAUUACGUGAAGAACGUCGUAAAAACGAAGAAGAUGAAGAAAAAAGAAAAAAAGAAUUAGCUAAAGCUAAAGAAUCUUAUGAACGAUGGUUAGAAGAUAAAAAUUCUGAACGUAAACGAAUUAAUACAGAAAAACGAUUAGAAAAAGAAGAAGAAGAAACUCGUCAAAUUGAACAAGAUAAAGAAUUAAAUGAAUUACGUGAAAAAAAAUUUAAAGAAUGGGUUAAUCGUAAAAAUCAUGAAGUCAUAUUGGCAAAUGAAUUUAAAAAAUUAAUGGCAAAUGAAGAUGAAAUAGCAAAUCGAGGAUCAUCAUCAUCAAUAAAUAAUGGCAAUAAAAAUGAUGAUCAUCGAGCGUUUCGAAGAUGGCUUCGUCAAAAAUAUGAACAAUCAUUAGAAGAAAAACGACGAAUUCGUCUUGAAACAAAACAACGACGUCGUCGUGAACGUCGUUCAUUAAAACGAUAUCAACUUCAACAAGAUAUUCAACUGGCUAAAUCAUAUGGAUAUUCAUAA